AUGUCUGCUAGUUCUGAAUAUGGGAGAGAUUUUAAAAAUAAAUUAAAUCUUUCUGUGCACAAAGAAAUUCAGAAAGAUGAACGAACAUUUUCAUGUUCAGAAAGAGAGAACAUGUUUGUGUUAUCAAGUUUUGCUCAACAUCAGAGAAAUUCCACAGGAGAGAAGCCUUAUUCAUGUUCAGAAUGUGAGAAAACUUUUACUGUGAAAUCAAGUCUAAUUCGACAUCUCAGAAUUCACACAGGAGAAAAGCCAUUUUCAUGUCAGGAAUGUGGGGAGUUGUUUACGCGUAAACAUCAUCUAGAACUACAUAUGAGAAGUCACACAGGAGAGAAGCCAUUUUUAUGUUCGGAAUGUGGGAAGUGGUUUAAGAGUCAACAGCAUCUUAAGAUACACCUGAGAACUCAUACUGGAGAGAAGCCAUAUUCAUUAGAAAAUCAAAGUCUUGUGAAACAUCAGAGAAUUCACACAGGAGAGAAGCCAUUUUCAUGUUCUGAAUGUGGGAAGUGUUUUAGGCUCUGGAACUCCAUCAAUGCCAUCGUUGAAACGAAAUCGCGGUUCAGGAACAGGAAACGGCUCGUACUCAGGAGGGAGAACAUGUCUGUCCUGAACUGCCGCAGACUUAUACACAGUCUGCUGCGGGAUUACAACAUCUUGGACAUCGACGAUGACUAA